AUGCUCCCAAACUCCGGAGGGUGGACCGAGGUCCGUCGGAAAAAAACAACGGCGACAAACAUGGAGAUUACCAACUUAUACGUGGUAGGGUUCCCUGAUGGUGUAAGGAAGUCAGAACUAUGGAAACUUUUUGCUAGAUUCGGGCAAGUAGUUGAUGUGUAUCUGGGAAGGAAGAAAGACUAUAGAAUGAAGAACUUUGCAUUUGUAAGAUUCAGAGGAGUUGAAGAUGAAAAAGUGAUGGAAGAAAGGCUACAAGGAACAACAUGUAGAGAUGUUAUACUUAAUAUCAAUCUCUCCAAGCAUAAGAGGAAACCACUUCGUGCUGCCCACCAAAACGUCCCCCAACAUCAAAACAGUAGAAAUAACAUCGCAGCACACAUGCCCAUGUCAUACCCUCCUACUGCAGGUUUUAGAGACAAACGUACCUUUGCACAGGUUAUGUCGGAAUCUCGAAGGGAUAAUAUGACUUCCACUCGUACGAUAACUUUAAACUCUGAAACGGCAAUGAAAACAUGGAUGAAUGGGAAGACAUUAAUUGGAGAGGCCCAUAGCAUAGAUCACAUGGCGAACUUACCUGCUUCAACGUUCAUGAAAGAAAACGUCAAAUACCUAGGAAGUCUAAACAUAGUGCUGGGGUUUGGAAGUUCUGUGAUGGCUAGAGAAUUCCUUGAAGCUAAAAACAUAUGGCAAGAUUGGUUCAAAUGGAUGAAACAUGCGGAGCAAUUGGAGCUACCAUAUGAAAGAAUAGCAUGGAUAAAAAUUAUUGGUCUCCCGUUGAGACUGUUUGAUGAAGAAAACUUCUCCAAGAUUGCGGGAAGUUUUGGUAAAGUAAUAGCUCCCUUCGACAACAUCUCAACCAGAAAAGACUACUCCAUGGGGAAGCUAGGAGUGCUAACGUCCCAAAAAAAAAAUGGAUAA